CGCAGUUUGAACGCGACUCGGCGGCCAACAAACCGGAAGCGGCGUGCUGAACCCGGAAGCGGUCCUUUGCGGUGGCUGUCCUUGGAGUAAAAACUGCGGAGUGAAAAGGCGGCAGCAUGUUCCUGACCUGCGUGUCGUUUGCGAAGAGCAAAUCAAAAACUAUUCUGGUCCAAAUGAUGAGCGCGGCAGGAUCUGGGUACCGUUUCAACACAAAGAGGAACAAACUUAAGGAGAAACUUAUUCUAAGGAAAUACGAUCCCUUCGUCAGACAGCACGUCCUCUUCUUUGAAAAGAAGAAAAUCCGCUCCCUUUAAGCGGCAGGUAUUAUAAGGAUCGGGUUACGGCAGAGUGGACUCCCGUGGGAUCGCUGGGGCUCGGAUAUCCCGCGGCACGCGCCGGGGCGAGGAAACGGCUGCCAUGUGCUUCCUGUUGUUUAAGAAAACAAUGCGCGAGGCAGAGAGCCCGUAACACCGAGGGCGACUCGUGCCAGUGCGCUGCGGCUUCGGGAUUUCAAACCUCUGAUUAAUUAAACAAAUGCUGUUGUGUUUUUUUUUUUUAAGCCACCAGAAUUGUUAAUAAAAGUAUUUAUUUUGGCUCUAAAA